CGGGGGGGGUGAUGGUUCUGGUGCUGGUGGUGCUCAUCCCGGUGCUGGUGAGCUCCGCCGGUACCGACGGCCGGUACGAGAUGCUGGGGACCUGCCGGAUGGUCUGCGAGCCCUACGGCCCCGCCGCCUCCCCGCCGCAACCGGACGAACGCGGCCCCCUCCCGCCGCCCUCCACCCUGGUGCAAGGUCCCCAAGGCAAACCGGGGCGACCGGGGAAACCGGGACCGCCGGGACCGCCGGGAGAACCGGGACCGCCGGGACCGGCGGGGGGGCGGGGUGAAGCGGGACGGCCGGGACCCCCGGGAUUGCCGGGACCGGGGGCGACGGCGGGACGGCCGGGACCCCCGGGAUUGCCGGGACCGGGGGCGACGGGUGCGGUGAGCGCGGCCACCUACAGCACGGUGCCACGCGUCGCCUUCUACGCCGGCCUCAAGAACCCCCACGAGGGCUACGAGGUGCUCAAGUUCGACGACGUGGUCACCAACCUGGGCAACAGCUACGACGCCGCCUCGGGCAAGUUCACCUGCGCCAUCCCCGGCACCUACUUCUUCACCUACCACGUCCUCAUGCGCGGCGGCGACGGCACCAGCAUGUGGGCCGACCUCUGCAAGAACGGGCAGGUGCGGGCCAGCGCCAUCGCGCAGGACGCCGACCAGAACUACGACUACGCCAGCAACAGCGUCAUCCUGCACCUGGACGCAGGGGACGAGGUCUUCAUCAAGCUGGACGGGGGCAAGGCCCACGGCGGCAACAACAACAAGUACAGCACCUUCUCCGGCUUCAUCAUCUACUCGGACUGAGCCUGGACCCACGGCGUCGCCCCACCGCCCUCCAGCCCCACGGCAUCUCCCCACAGCAUCCUGUAAUGACCAUUGAGCCCCACGGCAUCCCUCUGCUGCCGUCCAGCCCCAUGGCGUCUCCCCACAGCAUUCCCCAAUGACUGCCCAGCCCCACGGCAUCUCCCUGCUGCUGUCCAGCCCCACGGCGUCUCCCCACAGUGUCCCCCACUGACCAUCCAGCCCCACGGCAUCCCCCUGCUGCCGUCCAGCCCCAUGGUGUCUCCCCAUGGCAUCCCCCACUGAUCAUCCAGCCCCAUGGCAUCCUUCUGCCAUGGUUUGGCCCCACAGCAUCCCCCACAGCCACCCGGCCCCACGGUGUCUCCCCAUAGUAUCUCCCAAUGACCACGCAGCCCCAAGACAUCCCCCUGUAGCUGACCAGCCCCACGGCUUCUCCCCACAGAAUUCUCCAAUGACUGCCCAGCCCCACAGCAUCCCUCUGCUGUGGUUCAGCUUCCUGCUGCCGUCCAGCCCCACAGAGUGCCCCAAGGACCAUCCAGCCCCACAGCAUCCCCCUGGUGCCAUCCAGCCCCAUGGCAUCCCCCAAGGACCAUCCAGCCCCACGGCAUCCCCACGCUGCUCUCCAGCCUUAUACCUUUCCCUUCUACUGUCCAGCCCCACAGCAUCCCUCUGCCACAGUCCAGCCCCACGGCAUCCCCCCAGCAGUGGUCCAGCCCAUCUAUGGGGCUCCAAACCCCCCCUCUUUUCCCAUUUGCUUACCCUACAGCUGCUAAUUUGGGGCUGGGGGGGCGGCAGGGGGCCCCACUGCACUCCCAUCCCCUGGCUGCUCCCCCUGCUUGGCCCCACGGCCCCCCCGCUGCCUCCCCACGCCCGGGGCGAUGCCGGGGGUCCCCGCAGUGUGUAUAUAUGUACAGGACGCGCAGAUGUCUCUAUACGGGUGCCCCCCAACCUGCUCCAUCCCGGGGGGCUGCGCUGGGGGGGGUGGGGGGGGAGCCGCCCUUGCUGCCCGACCCCGGGGCGACUCCAUGGUAAAGCAGAGCUGUGACCUC